UUUUAUAGGAAUAUACGAACCAGAUAAUAAACUUUCUCCUCGGCCAUUCUUCCCUUGGACAGAAAUAAAAUGCAUUUCUUUUAAAAACAAAAUGUUCACAAUUUGUACAGCAGACAAAAGCAAAAUUCGGUUCCGAGCUGAGGAUAUGAGCAUAAAUCAAUCACUUUUGGAUUUGUGUGUAGGAACGCACAAUUUAUAUCUUCGACGACGACAGCCAGAUUUACUUGAAGUUCAACAAAUGAGGAUUCAAGCACAAGAAUUGGCCGAGCAAACUCGUCUUCAACGAGAGCGGGAACAAAGGGUUCAGGCAGAAUCAGAAAGGGAUAAGUUGAGAACAGAAUUGGGACAUUUGGCAGAACAAUUAAAUACUAUGCAGAUUGUAAUGAAGAAUGCAGAAGAAAGUCAUCAAUUAAUAGCAGAACGUGCAAGAAUUUCAGAACAAGAAGUUUUUGAGAUGACAAGGCGUGCAAACGAUGCUGAAGCAGAAAUGCAAAGAAUUAGACAUUCACAAUUACGGGCAGAAGAAAGAAAAUUGGCUUUGGAAAGAAAAUAUAAGGAUGCUGAAUUGCUUGCUAAUAGAUUGAUUCAACAACAACAACAAUUUAAUAAUAAUAGCAACAACAGCAGCAACGGACCUCCACCAUAUCAUGAACAAUUACGCCGAUCCAAUCCUUGUAGCAACAAUUCUGUUAAACAUAUUGCUACAAAUUCUUCAUCAUUAGAAGAAGAAACAACAGUCGAAACUGAUGAAGGUGUAGAUGAAGGAAAUAUAAUAGAACAUUUACAACAACAACAAUUUCCUUUAAUUAAUGGAAUAAAUGGAGGAAAUUCUUCUUUAUUACUUCCACCACAACCACCACCACCACUCCCGUCAACAAAUCCUCCACCAACACAAAAUAACAACAAAUUAUUUACAAAAAUGUCUCUGUCGUCACAACAAAGAAAACACCAACAGAAACAAAAUGUUGAAGAUUUUAAUGGAAUUAAUAAUAAUGGGAAUGGGAAUGGAGGUGUUUUUGCUUCUUUAAUAGCUACAGAACAACAAAGACAAACGAUUAGUAAUGAACUUCAACAUAUAAUAGCUUCUACAUAUGCAGAAUUAGAGCAGUCAAGAGGUGACUGGCAAGCAAAGGACCAUUCAUUACGUGAAAAACUUGCAGAUUUCCGUUUGGAAUUGGAAGCUCUAAAAAAAGAAGGCAUGGAAACUGAGCAAGAUAAAUUAUUUGCACAAAAAGUUGCAGCAACAGGAUGUUUUGAUAAACAUUCAACUUUGAGAAAGAGUGGUUUUGGAUCGUCUAAAUCAAAAGCAAAAAUGUUUGAUGAAAUGACUCAUUCUAAAUUGACAUCAAAUACAACAACUACAAAAACAGCUAUACAACCUUAA